AUGGAGACCGAGUCCGGGGCGCAAACAUCAAAUCAGAUGCAAACAGAUUCAUUAUCUCCAUCCCCUAAUCCUGUGUCACCUGUGCCUCUGAAUAACCCAACGAGUGCCCCAAGAUAUGGAACAGUGAUCCCUAACCGCAUCUUUGUAGGAGGAAUCGACUUUAAGACAAAUGAAAAUGAUUUAAGAAAAUUUUUUUCCCAGUAUGGGUCUGUAAAAGAAGUGAAGAUUGUAAAUGACAGAGCUGGAGUGUCCAAAGGGUAUGGCUUUGUCACUUUUGAAACACAAGAAGAUGCACAAAAAAUUUUACAAAAGGCUGAAAAACUUAAUUACAAGGACAGGAAACUGAACAUUGGUCCAGCAAUAAGAAAACAACAAGUAGGGAUCCCUCGUUCCAGUAUAAUGCCAGCAGCUGGAACAAUGUAUCUAUCAACUUCAACUGGAUAUCCUUACACUUAUCAUAAUGGUGUUGCUUAUUUUCCUACUCCAGAGGUAGCUUCUGUCCCACCACCUUGGCCUUCACGUUCUAUAUCUAGUUCCACUGUGAUGGUAGCUCAGCCCGUUUAUCAGCAACCUGCAUAUCACUACCAGGCCCCUGCACAGUGUCUACCAGGUCAGUGGCAGUGGGGUGUUCCUCAGUCUCCUGCCUCUUCUGCUUCAUUUUUAUACCUGCAACCUUCUGAGGUUAUUUAUCAACCAGUGGAAAUUGCACAGGAUGAUGGAUGUGUUCCUCCUCUGCUGUCUCUGAUGGAAGCUUCAGUUCCAGAGCCUUAUUCUGAUCAUGGAGUCCAAGCAACAUAUCACCAGGUUUAUGCUCCAAGUGCCAUUGCUAUGCCUGCACCUGUGAUGCAGCCUGAACCAAUUAAAGUAAGAAGUUUGUUUUGA